GCUUGGAGCCCCAAAGCCAGAGAGACCUACCAGGAUGCUGUCUGCUACGAGCCGCUUCGCUGCCCGCGCGCUGCACACGUCGUCGCGCCUGUCGGCCGCCGCCGCCGACCAGGCCGCCGCCACGGCCACCAAGGUGACGCUGAACCUGACGACGCCCUACCAGGCCUUCUACAAGAACGCGGAGGUGGACCUCGUGCAGAUCCCCGGUGUGAUCGGAGAGUACGGCGUGACCGCGGGCCACACGCCCGUGCUGGCGCAGCUCAAGCCCGGCGUCAUCAAGGUGCACGUGGAGCGCGAGAAGGACGUGCAGAGCUUCUUCACGGCCGGCGGCUUCGCGCUGACGCACGCCAACUCGGUCACGGACAUCGCGUGCGUGGAGCUUGUCAAGGUGGAGGACAUCGACCCGGAGGCGGCGCAGGCUGGCCUCACCAAGUACCAGGCGCAGCUGGCCUCGGCCCCCGAGGGAUCGGAGGAGAAGCUCAACGCCCAGAUCGGCGUCGACACCCACGCUGCCAUGGUGGCGGCCGUCGCGAGCAGCAACUAGAACGUGACGACUUUUUAGCAGCCUCGGGAUGGGAACGGUGUGGAAGCAGCCCCUAAACAGCAGCAAUUAAUUACCAGUCAAGUCCGUCGCCGUGUUGUUAGGCGCGUUCGCUUGAGUUCGCUCGUCUUGCUUGUCUCGGAGUUGGUACAGUCGUCAUGCGGUCGUCUGUGCAGGA